AUGGCCAGGAUGCAAACAUGAUGGCAGGAGCUGAAGCAGUCACCUUGGAAUUCAGAGAUGGAAGUCACCUGUUGAGAAUGGCAGAGAUACUCUACCGGCUGUAGGCUACAUCCCUUUGGACUACUAUGCCUGCCCUGGUUUUUCAUGAUGUCAUCCAUUCAUCAUUGUGAGCUGAUUGGCGGCCCCAGGCCUUGGCUGGCUGCCCAAGGCCAGGAGGGAAGAAAGAGGACCCAGGACAAACGCGCAGCAGGCCCCUGAGUAUGUGCGGAAAUGUCAUCAGUUCCACAUAGAAAGACUUGGAACAAAUUGAAGAAGACAGCAAAAGUCACAAGAUCCUAUCCAACCUUCCCUUCCCUGAAUGCCUGGGAAGAAUUCAGGGGCCUCUUUCCUGUGGAUGGGGAACCAAAUCCUGGAGUGGGCCUGGGUGUGGAGGAGGGACUGCUCUGCCAGAUGGUUCAUUCUCCAGAAUUCAACCUGUUUCCUGAAUCAGUGGUGUUUGAAAGCAACUUUGUCCAGGUCAGAAAGGGCAGGAACUGGAGAGACAUCUACAAAGCCGCCAACACCAUGGCCCUGGGGGUGACCUCCUCUGUGCCCUGCCUGCCUCUUCCCAACAUCCUCCUCAUGGCCAGUGUCAAAUGGCAUCACGGGCAGAACCAGACAUGGAACAAACCAUCCACAGCCCCCAAGAUCAACCUGAAGAGGAUUCUCCCAUUGAAGUUUGUGGAGCUUCAGGUCUCUGACCGCCUUCAACGUGUUUUGCGGUUGAGGACAGUCACAGAGAAGAUAUACUAUCUAAAACUCCACCCUGACCAUCCUGAGACUGUCUUCCACUUCUGGAUCCGGCUCAUUCAAAUUCUGCAGAAGGGCCUGUCCAUCACCACCAAAGACCCCAGGAUUCUUGUCACUCACUGCCUGGUACCCAAGAGUAGCUGCAGUCCCUCAGGAGACUCACAGUUAGUACAGAAGAAACCCCAAGCUUCCCAGCCCAGCGAGAGCCUCAUGCAGCUGAUGGCCAAAGGGGAGAGUGAGGCCCUCUGUCAGAUCUUUGCGGACUUGCAUCAGCACAACCUGUUCAGUUCCAGGAGCAGCAAAAAGACGGAGAACAAAAAGGACAGCUCAGGAAAAAAAUCCUCUCUGAAUGAAGACUCCAUCCCUUGCACCCGUGACCUCAGUUGGAGGGAUUCGUUCACCUAUGGGGAGUGGGAAAGAGAGAACCCCUCUGGACCGCAGUCCCUCUCACUCCUCAGCACUCUGGCAGCCUCCACUCGGCCCCAGCUGGCCCCACUCAUAGGAAAUUCUAUUUGAGCCACCCUUUCACAGUAGAGAGAAUCAUACAACCCUUGCCAACACCACUCUGCAGCAUUCAGCUUUCUGUGGGAUACUGUCCUUAUGGAGGGGAGGAGAAAAGCUGCACCUAAGGAAAAACUAGAAUCAUCUCACGCUGACAGCAUAGCCUUUCCCUGGAGAAUCGCUUGGGAGCAUGGCUCCUAGACAAGAAGCAUUAUUCCAGCAUUAUUCUGGUCCGUAACUUUGUAUCCUCACCACCACACAUCACCACACCUCACCUCCCUUCCAGCACAAGAACAUAUGCUCGCAGAAGGACCAGGAUCGAGAGAGAGAGAGAGAAGGAAGGAAAAAGAACCAGAACCAGAAAAGAAGUGGAAGAGAACAAAACGGGGCUGAAGAGGAAGGUGGAGGGCAGAAAUCAGGGAAGAGGGGAGAUGCAGAAAAGUGGUAACAGAAGGAAACAGAAAAGAGGACAAGAGAAGCACACGAGAGAUGCCUCGCCAAGCUUCUAUUUAUCUAAUUUAAAACGUCAAAAUAAGGCCAUAUACCAAAA